GCCGCACGCGCGACCAGCGUUCUCGAUCCGCUAUGCCCGCGUCAACCAAUGUGCAGCAUCCGAUUGAGCUGUCAAGCGGUUCCAACACGCCGGUCUAUCCUGUUCCUUAGGCCCCUCCCCCGCAUUUCCCCAUGCACCCCAGCAUUGCGAAGCGAAGAAUGACGCAUAUUCGAUGACUUUGCGGAGACAUGCGAGCAGAAACCUGGGGAAGGCGUUGCCAGUAUGGUGCGACGGAUCCCAACGUGGCAAUCCAGGUCAGCCUGCGAGAGCUCUUCGCAUCGAGCUUGGUUGCGCGUCGUGCCGGCCAUUGUCGGAGGGCGAACUUGAGGCUACACGAGUAGCAUAAGUAGCACGCGAUAUCUCCUUGAGUAUGGGUUGAAGUAUCGCAAGCUCUCGAGCCUCGCUUGUCAUCAUUACAUUGUUGACUCUGAUCACCACCUCUGUAACAUUGUCCGAACUCCUCAACACUGCCAACUACAAGUCAAUAUGGCUCAAGACUUGAAGAAGGUUGAUAUCUUCAACGAACGGUCUUCCAGCAUCGACAAGAUUGAAGACAUCACGACCGCACGCGAACAUGCGGAACAAAUCGCGAAUCUCUCCGGCAUCGAAGCUACAGCUGCUUCGAAGGCUGCCUGGCUGAUUUCCAUGACUGUCUCUCUUGGUGGCCUCCUUUUCGGCUACGAUACUGGCUACAUCUCUUCUGUGCUCGUUACUAUUGGCUCAUCUCUCGGUCACGAACUCACGUCCUCCGAGCAGGAGCUCGUCACAUCACUUACCUCUGGAGGUGCCCUCGUGGGAGCCGUCAUCGCUGGUAUGAUUGCCGACAAAUAUGGUCGCAAGCUGCCAAUCUUCCUGGCAUGCGGCGUCUUCGUUAUCGGCACAGUACUCCAGACUGCUGCGUAUCACCUCCCACAAUUCGCUGUAGGCCGCUUCGUCGUAGGCCUGGGUGUCGGCUCGGCGGCUAUGAUUGUUCCUCUGUACAUCUCCGAACUGGCGCCAGCCAAGUAUCGCGGCCGGAUGAUUGCCUUCAACAACAUGAGCGUCACUUUUGGCCAGUUUCUCGCGUCAUCCAUCGGUGCCGGCUUCGCACAAGUCGGAGGUGCCAACUCGCAAGCCUGGAGAGCAACAGUUGGCAUCGGUGCGGCACCCGCCAUCCUCCUUGCCGGACUUCUGACUCUCUGCCCCGAGUCUCCCCGCCAACUAGUCGCACACGGCGACGUAGACCAAGCCAGUAUUGUCCUUACGCGCAUCUACCCAACAUCGACCGAAGAGCAGCGACGCGCGAAGAUCAUGAGCAUUGAGAUGAGCAUCAACGAAGCCACACAGACUAUGGUGGAUGAUUCGGUGUUCAAGACUCUGGCCCGUAUCUUCACCACAGCAUCCACUUUCCGCGCUGUGCUUACAGCAUGCACGAUCAUGGCCAUUUCGCAACUGUCGGGCUUCAACACACUGAUGUAUUACUCAGCGACGCUCUUCAAGAUUGUAGGCUUCAACAACGCGACUGCUGUCGCCAUUACCGUUUCCGCUACGAACUUCAUUUUCUCGCUCGUCAACCUCGUCAUUGUCGACAAGUUCGGCCGCCGUCGUAUUCUCUUAGUGACGAUCCUGGGGAUGAGCGUUUGUCUUGUCAUCGCUGCCGUCAGCUUCUCUUACAUCCCGAUUGAUCUCCGCACAUUGGCUGUUCAGAGCGAAGAGAUUGGCUGGCCAGGUUAUGUCCUCAUUGCCACAAUCAUCAUCUUCGUUGGCUUCUACUCUAGUGGUGUGGCUACAGUGGCAUGGAUCGGAACCGAACUAAUCCCCAUGGAGGUCAGAGCUGUUGGAACGAUGUUGAAUACAGUCACAUGCUGGAGUACUAACAUCAUCAUCGCCUCGACCUUCCUUUCCAUGAUGAAAGGCAUCACCCCAUCUGGGGCUUUCGGCUUCUACGCAGGCAUCUGCUUCGUCGGCUGGCUCUUCGUUAUCUUCUGCUUCCCUGAAGUCAAGGGAAUGCCACUUGAGGCCAUCCGCGAAGUGUUCGAACACGGAUUUGGCGUCAGGUAUGCAAGGAAGUGGCAGAAAGAGAACAAAGAGUUUGCCAAGAUCAACGCAGGCAACUCACAAGCCUUUGGUCACUGAGAUUCGAGACCGGGUGUAGCUGGUAAGGCUGCUGGGGAGUGGGUUCUUUUCAUGUGGAUAUUUUGGUAGUGCAUGGUAUGUCGCUUCUCGCGACGUGACGAACACAUUGC